AUGGCAGACCCCCACGAUGUGCCCCAUAUCGUGCACACCUCAGCAUCCCUCACGCCAGAACAAGUUUUCGCCGCGAUUGAUUCUACGUUAUUAGCCAAGAUGACACUCGGCUCGGGUAUGGUGUUGAUGAUAAUGGCGACACUGGUCGGAAACGCGAUGGUGUGUCUCGCCGUUCUAUUGGUGCGGAAACUUCGGCAACCGGCAAAUCUUCUACUCGUCUCGCUGGCAGUCGCUGAUUUCUUCGUCGGGUUGUUAGUGAUGCCGUUGUCACUGUAUGACUACGUUAGUGAACGAUGGGCGCUCCCGCGUAUCAUCUGCGGUCUGUGGACGACGGCCGAUUUGACGCUGUGCACCGCGUCCAUCUGCAAUCUCUGCGCCAUAUCGGUUGAUCGAUAUAUGGCCAUUUCACGGCCACUCAGGUACUCAGCGAUGCGUACCAACAUCCGUGUGUCCCUCUACAUAGCCCUCGUGUGGGCCGUCUCAUUUUUCGUCAGUCUCACCGCCCUUCUCAUCACACAAUUCCUCGAAGAAGAUACGGAUGGCGAGCAGCAGGGGCUAUGCGUCGUAACCCAAAAUCUGGGUUAUCAAAUCUACGCGACACUCCUCGCCUUCUACGCCCCAACAAUGAUAAUGGUGAUUUUGUACGUGAAGAUCUGGAGGGCGGCAAAGAGGCUGGCCAUGCAGGAUAAACUCCUAUCUUACGGGAGCGGUCAACCCCGUGAAUCCACGGACAGCUCGAAUCUUUUAUCAGCCGGGCUGGGAAACGGGAAAUCCGGGUCGCGGUCGUAUUUCCACAGACCGUCCGCGCUCUUCAAUGCCGUCAAGUACCACUCGCGACAACACGAGAAAUCCGAGACGAAAGCCCGGCAGACACUUGGGGUGAUGAUGUCCGUGUUCAUCAUCUGCUGGCUACCAUUCUUCGUGUUGGCCCUGGUGAAGCCGAUAUUCGGAUGGCAAGUCCCACCGUGGCUUGAUGGACUCUGUCUAUGGCUCGGAUAUUCGAAUAGCAUGCUGAACCCGCUGAUCUACUGCAAAUACAACAAAGACUUCCGGAUCCCGUUCCGCGAGAUGAUUUUCUGCCGAUUCUCCACCCUGCAGACCGUCAUGAGGCAGCAGAGCUUCACCAGCAAAUACGGGCCCGCGCCGUGCCGAGCAGCCAGUAUCCAGGAUCGGGCCGACCGGCCGGAAUCGUCAGAUCUG